CCAAUCAGAUGGCAAGUCACAACCUACGGCAGACUAUAAAUUGGCCCUGCAUUUGCCCUGAGGGUGUCUUUUCCAUAGCGCCGGACAUAUCCAGCAUCAUGUCUGGGUUGGGAAAGCAGGGCGGCAAGUCUCGCGCCAAGGCUGUAUCUCGCUCUUUCAGGGCUCAGCUGCAGUUCCCCGUGGGCCGCGUGCACCGCCUGCUGCAUAACGGCAACUACGCGGAGCGCAUCGGCGCCGGCGCAUCAGUGUAUUUGACGGCGGUGCUGGAGUACCUGGCGGCCGAGAUCCUGGAGCUGGCGGCCAACGCGGCCCGCCACAACAAGAAGACCCGCAUCGCCCCGCGCCACCUGCAGCUGGCCGUCCGCAACGACGAGGAGCUCAGCAAGCUGCUGGGCAAGGUCACCAUCGCGCAGGGCGGCGUGCUGCCCAACAUCCAGGCCGUGCUGCUGCCCAAGAAGACCGAGAGCUACUACCAGAAAGGCCAGCGGAAGUGACCUGCAUCCCGGGAGAGGAAAAGCUCAGAAACCAAAGGCUCUUUUCAGAGCCACUCACAGGGGCAGAAGGAGCUGAGGCGAGACAGUGACUGACAAGCCCUGGCCGGUCUCGCUCUGGGUAGAGCGUCGGCCGCAGACGGAAGGGUCCCGGGUUUGAUUCCGGGUCAAGGGCACGUGCCCGGGUUGCGGACUCGAUUCCUGGUGGGGGUGGGGGUGUAGGAGGCCGAUGAUAAUGAUUCUCGUCAUUGGUGUUUGUCUCCCUUUUCCUUUCUGAAGUCAAUAAAAAUAUUUUAAAAAACCGACUAAAGAGUGGAAUUGACCAAACUAACCCAACAGGACGCUGGAACUAGCCUGGCUGGGACAACGAGCCUCAGGCCGUCCACUCUAGUGUGUGAGACACUGGGCGGGUGGAGCUCGCGGUCCCGGGAGCCGCUCGACGGCAGUCCUGGCGGCAGGAAGGCCUUUCCCACGGACAGACUGACCCGGGACAGCUGUCAGCAGGGAGUGCAGGUGUCUGUCCGAUAAGAAGGGA